AUGGCACCUGUCCCCCCGGAGAAACGCACACGGGGCAAAAGCGCUUUUGUCACGUAUUGGUUUAGUGAUUUGGUCACGAUUUUGACAUGGAGUUUUGGCUCUGUCAUGUUGACAAUAGGUUUAACUGCAACCGAUGCCGUACUGAUUGUACUCGUUGCGGCCCUAUGCAAUGCUGUACCAACAGUACUCACCGGAGCGAUAGGCUCAAACCUCUACAUCUCCUUUUCCCAUCGCAUCGCGCGCGAGUUUCGGUUCGGGGUACCAACAGCAAAUGGAGGUACAUGUGUUGUUGCAAUCAUCAAUUCGAUAUGGCCCAACUUCCGUACAAUGGCGAAUCACCUUCCUGAAUCAGUUGGUCUCACUACUGCUGGGAUGAUAUCGUAUUUCCUAUACUGGCUCGCUCAAUUUCUGUUCCAGCUCAUUUCUACUCAUAAACUGCAAUACAUGUUGUGGGUUAAGACAGUAUUGCUGCCGCCAGUCACCGUUGGUAUGCCCAUUUGGGUAGCUGUUCAAGCUGGCGGAAACGGCACUUUCUUUACGCGUCCACCGGCUGUGCAUGGUUCGGAACGAGCUUGGUUGUGGUUGUCGAGCAUGACUAGCAUCACCGGUGGCUACAGCACGCUCGCGGUGAACAUUCUCAACUUUUCGCGCUUCAGCAGAGAUCCCCGAGCCGUGAAUAUCGGCGCGAAUGCAGUGUCCUUUGCCAACGAUGUUACAACGCUAGCGCCGAGAUAUUUCAACAUCAUCGUCGCAUCGGGAAAAGCAUUCUUGGACUUUAUGAGCGCAUACGCAAUUUUCAUGGCACCAAUUGCAGGUGCGUUGUUUACGGACUACUGGUUGUUAAAACAUAGGAAGUACGAUGUCCCCACUUUGUACGACCUGUACGGUAUCUAUCAAUACGGUCGCUAUGGCAUCAACUGGCGGGCUGCUGCAGCAACGUUUGUCACAAUCAUACCCUUGCUUCCAGGACUAGCCAACAAAGUCAAUUCGGAUCUGGAGCUCACGGAGGGUCUUCGCAAUCUUUUCACAUUCAACUGGCUUUAUGGCUUCUAUCUCUCCAUGUAUUUGUACUACUUUGCUAAUUUCUUUUUUCCCUGA